GGUUCCUCAUAAAAUUGUCCAAGAAUGAAGCUAUCCCAUGCCUUCUUGUUUUUUUCGAUGACAGAAUUGGGAAUCCUAACGCAAGCUUCUCCUGAGUCAAGAGUGAAAGGCGUGCCUUCAGGUUCGAGCUUCUUGGUAUUAGAUUUGACAAACCGUCGCCAGUGUUCUGCUGGAGAUUUCGGCCCAGGGCCAGUGUUAUCUUCCCUAGGCUGGGAACGUGUCGAAUGUUCCUUCAGACGAGCAUUUUCCACAGGUACCGGAGGAGACACAUCUGUGGUUGGGCUUGGGGAGGGUGGGGGCACGAACUCUCCCUCUUCUAAGAUGGCUGUGACGGCAUCUACAUUUUCAGAGGUUGGGUUUACAGAGACAACAUCAGAAGUGGUGUCUGUGACGGCACCAGUGUAGCCGGGUGCAGGGAUGCCGGCUGUGACGGCACCAGUGGGUUCAGACUCGGGGUUGGUGGCUGCAACGGCACCAAUGGGUUCGGAGUCGGAGAUGGUGGCUGUGACGGCACCAGAGGGUUCAACUGAGGGAACAUAGGAGACAUGAGCAAUAUCCAGAGCAGCAAUAGCCAAAUCAAAACUAGGGUUUUGUUGAGCCCUGUCGUAGAUGGUGGCUGUGACGGCACCAGUGGGUUCGACAGAGGGCUCAUCGGCUUUAUCUGGAGACACGGCGGAGUCAGAUAGGGCCAAAACCCGUAGAUCUGAGGGGUCAGCAGCUAGAUCUGAAGACGCCUUGUCAGAGAAUUGAGAACCUGAGGAGUUAGAGGGGCUUGCUCCAGUGAGCUUAUCUUUGGGUUUCUUCUUCUUAGUCAUCGGAGCCGGGGGCGACCGACGCCGGGUAAGGCGGCGGUGGAGCGAAAACGAAAGGGAUCUCAGUUUCGCCGGUGGAGGGGUGAGAGGAGAGAAUAUUGAAGUUUUUCAAAACAAGCUGCCCUGUAUAUGAAAUACCAAUCUCCCGGUUUACUUGCUUGCUGAUUCUUACAAAACAUUCUGAGAUUUUGCCAAACACAAUCAAUCGUUACUCCUUUAGUCAUCUUCUCGAUUGUUCCCUUGGUGAUUAAUAUCGGUAUCGCAUACGUUCUGGUCUAUAUUGCUGGCCUUGGAUUCAAUGGUGCUUCAAUAGCUAUAUCUAUUUCAACGUGGAUAGCUUUUCUUUCUCUGGGAACUUAUGUGAUAUGUUCAGACAAGUUUAAGGAAACAUGGACCGGAUUUUCGUUGGAGUCAUUCCGUUAUGCAAUAAUAACCAUGAAAUUAAGCCUCCCUUCUGUUGCUAUGGUAUGUUUGGAAUAUUGGGCGUUCCAGAUUCUUGUGCUAUUGGCAGGAUUGAUGGCGCCGAAUCCAGAAAUCACCACAUCUUUGGUAGCUAUAUGUGUCAACACGGAAGCGGUUAGCUACAUGUUAACAUGCGGCCCUAGCGCAGCUGCAAGUACGCGUGUGUCAAACGAGCUUGGAGCAGGAAAUGUAAAAGGCGCAAAAAAAGCGACUUCUGUUACCGUUAAGUUGUCUUUAGUUCUUUCUCUCGGCCUAGUUGUUGCUUUACUUGUAGGUCACGAUGGUUGGGUUGGGUUAUUCAGCAGUAGUCAUGUGAUCAAAGAAGAGUUUACAUCAUUGAGAUUCUUUCUUGCUGCCACAAUAACUCUUGAUACAGUCCAAAGUGUUCUAUCAGGAGUGGCCAGAGGAUGCGGAUGGCAACGUGUAGUCACACUUAUAAAUCUGGGAACUUUCUACCAGAUUGGAAUGCCUAGUGCAGCCUUUUGUGGUUUUAAGUUGAAGUUGUAUGCCAAGGGUUUGUGGAUUGGUAUGGUAAGUGGGAUAUUUUGCCAAGUUCAUCACUCUUGCUUAUGACAAUUUUUCGGAAGUGGAAAAAGCUAGAUGCUUCGGUCUGAAGAUUAUGUCAUUGUGGACAAGAUUAACAAUAUUAUUGUUUUUUAUUACUUUUGAAGCUCCUUUUUUCAAAAUUUUCUCUGUUCCGGAUAAAUUUUGGGGCUAUAGACAUUUAAUAAAAAUGUAUAUUUUUAACAAUUUUUGAGCAUAUACCUAUAUAUAUAUAUUAUCUCUUAAAAUAUUAAAGACCAAAAUCAAUAUUUUAUUAGGUGUAUACAUAACCGGUCCUGGCUGGAAUGAAAAAAAAAAUGGUCCUCGAAUUGGGACCGUGGUCCGAAUAUCCUAGAUCACUCGAAAAUUAUCUUUGAAACUCAACUUCUUAUAGAAAACCCUCAAAUACUUUGGACUGGUCCUCAAAUACACAUAUCGAGGAGGGGUAUAUCGUGGGGGUUGAGUGCACUUUGAUCGGUAAGUAAGCGGAUUAAAUUGCAACAGAAAAACAACAUUAAGUGUUCGACUCUAGUUACUAAUCAGCA